AUGGCCAUUGCUGUGCUGAUAGAUCAUCCUGAUGCGGUACUGUUGCUGGAAGAGCACAAGCUACCCAACGCGAUUCAAAAGGCCGGGUACGACAUCAAGGACAUCAAAGGAGUGAUCUUUGGGCACCUGCACAUCGACCAUGCCGGGAGUUUGGAGCACUUUAUGGGAACGGACGUGCCUAUAUACGUCCACGAACUCGAGUUCAAGCCUGCCUGCUGGGCUGUCGCUACCGGCGCUGACCGUGGUGUCUACCUCGCCGAAUACCUCAGCCCUUCAAGUCUCAAUUGGCAGACAUUUCAUGAAGCGUCAAUUGACCUGUUCCAAGGAAUCACUCUCCAUCAUGCGCCAGGUCAUACUCCGGGUCUUUGUAUCAUGCAGGUCAAUCUGGAACGAGACGGGACCAUUAUCUGCACGACGGACCAGUACCUCGUGAGACAGAACCACCUGGAGAAGAUGCCACAGGGCUGGCUGGCGCGGGAGCACAAUGACUGGGUCCGAAGCUCCGCGAUGGUCAAUCGGUUGCAGCGACUUUUUAACGCAAGGUUGUUGUAUGGUCAUGACAAAGAGGUGGCUGAGGCUAUGAUCCGGGAAAAGGAAUUCUUCCUCUAG